AAUCCAUCCAUCCUCCUCACGCCUUGCUACUUCUUCCCCUCCAGCUCCCACAGAUAAAGAAUCCAACUUUUUUAAUCAGAAACCAGCAAGGCCGACGCCUCCGAAUCCAAAUUUUAACUAGGACUAGGACUCGGCGGGCGGCGGCUGCCCCGCUCGCCAACCACCGCCUCCGGCCGCGACGCCAUGGCGCUGCUCGUGCGCGCGCGGCUGUCUUCGCUCGACGACGACGACGACGACGACGACGCGGCCACGGGGUCCUCGCUGUCCUCGGCCCCGUCCUCCCCACCGCUGUCGCCGCUCCCGGCGUCCCCGCUGCUGCGCCCGCGCGCCUCGGUCCUCGGCGCCCCGCGCGUCGCGGCGCAGCUCUCGUCCGCCGAAGAGGACGCCAGCGGGUCGUUCGACGACGCCACCAGCUCCGGGGUCCUCGGCGCCCCGCGCGUCGCGGCGCAGCUCUCGUCCGCCGAAGAGGACGCCAGCGGGUCGUUCGACGACGCCACCAGCUCCGGGGAGGACGCCGAGCUGUUGGAUGAGGUCUCCAACGGCUUCUUCUUCACCGUCGCCAGAGUGCCCCCGCCCCCGCCCGAGGACGCCAGCCCGGUCCCCGGCGGCGAGACGGUGGGGGCCGCCGGUGCGCCCGAGAGCGGGGACGACUUCGGCGCCGCGGAGGGGUCGCUGGAGGACAGCGUCAUGGGUGCCAAUAACGUCUUGGAAGUGCUCGACGCCGCCGCAAGGAGCAGAUUGGACGGUGCCAUUGCGGAUGGCAACGAUACGGGCGUCGAGGGUUCAUUAGAUGGGCGCUUCCAGAGUUCCCCGAGUGUCAUCGGCGCGCUGGAUGGCGGGGAGGCUGCUGAAUCAGGUGAUCUAGUGGAUGCUACGGAUGUUGCUAACCUGAUGGAUGAUAAGCAGGGGGAGCAGUAUGCUGGUUCUGAGGCUGUCAAUGAUGAACCUUUCAUACCUGUCGCUGGGGUCGAUGACCUGCGUGUCGUGGAUGCUUUGGGUGGGAAGGGCGUGUCCGAUCAUGAGGUUGGUGAAUUGCUUGCUGUUCUCAGUGCUACAGAAGGACAGGAUGCUGGUGUUGGAUUUGUCAAUGAUGAUUCUGAUGCAAAAGGUAGUACAACCAGGUACGAGGCUGUCCUGGAUGUUGAAGAUGUUAAUCCUGAAUAUGUUGCCACAAGAGAUUCUAUUGCAGAUGGUGGUCAUACUAAAGUAGAUGAGGAAGCUGAUGGUGAUGGUGAAGCUUCUGAUGAUCUUACAUACAUGCCAAUCUCUGCAAGUGGCAAUGCUGUGGAACAUCUUAUGAAAGCAUUGGAGGACAAUGUGCCUACUUCCAAAGGCACACGCUUUGGUGUGGAUGACUCAGAUGAUAUGGAUAUAAAUGGCGAUGAUAAAUAUGAAGAGGAGGUGAAUGGAAAGGAAAUCGAGCUUUUUGAUUACGCAGCUCUAGUUGAACUUCUAAGGGCCGCAAACAUCUCUAUGGGAGAAGGCAAUGCCAAAGUUUUUCCAGUUGAAUCUUCUGAGCCCAAACAUCUGCCGCCCACGGUAGCCAGCAUUCCUAGGAAAGAUGUGGCUUCUACUCCUGUGCUAGAAGUAACUGCUGACCCCAAGAAAGGGAUGACUGAUGAGGAAAAGAAGAUAUACAGAAAGGUGGACAUGGCACGAAUCAAGUACAUGCGUCUCAUUCAUAGAUUGGGGUAUGAUAUUAAUCAUCUGGUACCAGUACAAGUGUUGUAUCGUCUUAGUCUUGUUGAAGGUUUCAGGCGUGUGCGGAUGUCAAACCAUUCCUCUGAGCUCGAGAACGCCUGGAAGAGGGCUUUGCAGCUUGAGGCAGAGGGAAUUGAGGAACUUGAAUUCUCAUGCAAUGUUUUGGUCCUUGGGAAGACUGGGGUGGGGAAGAGUGCAACAAUAAACUCCAUCUUUGGUGAAGAUAAAUCCAAAACAAAUGCCUUUCUACCAGCAACAUCAUCUGUGAAGGAGAUUACUGGAGCUGUUGAUGGUGUCAAGUUUCGUGUCAUUGACACCCCUGGACUUGGGACUUCAGCCAAGGAUGAAAAAUCAAAUAGGAAAGUGCUCAAGUCUAUUAAGAAGUAUAUGAAGAGAUGCCCUCCUGAUAUUAUUCUGUAUGUUGAUCGGAUUGAUACGCAGCGACAGGAGGCAAAUAGCCUACUCCUCUUGCGCCAUAUUACCAGUGUGCUAGGCCUGUCAAUAUGGUCCAGAGCAAUUAUUACUCUCACUCACUCAGGAGCAGCUCCUCCUGAAGGCCCUAGUGGUUCGGCAAUGAACUAUGGUAUGGUUGUGACUCAUCGAACUCAUGCAAUUCAGCAAAGCAUCCGGCAGGUCACCAAUGAUCCUCAAAUUGAGAAUCCAGUGGCUCUUGUGGAGAACCAUCAUCUCUGUCGGAGGAACACAGAGGGUGAAAAGGUGCUUCCUGAUGGCCUUACUUGGAGGCGUCUGCUCCUCCUCCUAUGCUAUUCAAAGAAAAUGAUCGCUGAGAUUGACAGUCUCUCAGCCCGCCGUGCUUCUCCUGCAAGUUUAUUAGGCCGUUUUUUUCAAGUUCCUACACUUCCUUACCUCCUAUCAUCUUUGUUGCAAUCUAGAGAGCACCCUAGGAGUUCUAAUGACCAUUAUGUUGGGAGUGUGGAGACAGAUUUUGAUCCAGAUGAAUUGUUGAAUGAGAAUCAAGAGGAUGAAGAAGAUGAUUAUGAUCAUCUUCCUCCCUUUAAGCCACUAAGUAAAUCCCAGGUUGCAAAUCUCUCCCAGGAGCAACAGAAGUUGUAUUUUGAUGAAUAUGAUUACCGAACUAAGCUUCUUCAGAAAAAGCAGUUGAAGGAACAGCUCAGAAGAUUUAAGGAAAUGAAGGCGGGCCAUAGCAAUGAUGCACUUUCUGACAAUGAUCAUCCAGAUGAUGAAUUUGAUAAAGAUAGAUCUCCGAUGCCAGACUGGGCCUUGCCAUCUUCGUUUGACUCCGAUGAUCCUGUGUACCGUUAUCGGUGCCUUGAGCCUACACCGAACCUUCUGGUGCGUGCUGUUAACAACCCUGAUGGAUGGGAUCAUGAUUGUGGUUUUGAUGGUGUAAGUGUCCAAAACAGCCUUGAUGUUGCUAACAAGUAUCCAGCUUCUCUGUGGGUUCAAGUUAACAAGGACAAGAGAGAGUUCACCAUUCAUUUGGAUUCCUCCAUGUCAGUUAAGCAUGGAGAUCAUGCCUCAAGCCUUGCAGGCUUUGACAUCCAAACCAUUAUGGACAAGCUUGCUUACACUCUCAGAGGGGAGACUAAAUUCAAGAGCUUGAAGAGAAACGUCACUACUGGUGGUUUAUCCAUGACUUUUUUGGGAAAUACCAUGGUGACUGGAGCGAAAUUUGAAGACAAGCUUUCAGUUGGUAAGAGGUUAACACUGUUAGCUAACACUGGUGCUGUGUCCAUGGGUGGUGAUGCUGCAUAUGGGGUGAAUAUGACGGCAACUCUGCGUGAGGAAAGUUAUCCUUUAGGUCAAGGGCUUGCAACUUUGGGUGCAUCCUUAGUAAGGUGGCGUCAAGAGUGGACCAUGGCUGCACACUUGGAUUCCCAGUUCUCUGUUGGGAGGACUUCAAACAUGGAAGUUCGUGUUGAUGUAAACAACAAACUAACUGGACGGGUGAGCAUCAAGGCCAACACUUCAGAACAGCUGAAGAUUGCCCUUUUAGGUAUCUGUUCAGUGACAAUGUAUUUAUGGAACAAGAUAUAUCCUGGUGCUGAUCCUAAUGCUUAGUAGCACUGAACUCCCAAGAUCCAACCAUUCAGAGGUUGGCUAGCACAACAUUUUCCUACGAGCUCGUGAUUAAAGAAGGGGAGGUGGCUGCAAACUGCAAACACUGGGAAAUUGCUAGGAAUGGAAGUUGAGCCAUCACUUUCUAUCAAGAAUCAAGAUAAGUGUAGCUGUGCUACCGUUUCCUUUUUUU